CACACACAAACAAAACGGAAACUAUCAAGAAAAACACAAACUAUGCUUUAAAAUGAUUGAAAUUAAAGCAAAAUUAGUGCGUGCAGAUUCAGCAAUAUAUGCAACAGGCGAGUGCGUUGAAUGUUUGAUUGAAUUCACGCACAAACUGUUUGGCGAGGAGCAGCAGCGAAAUGCCAAAGCAUCAACCGUAGAGAAUUUGGCGUGGGCCUCGGUGCAGCUGCAUUGCUAUAGAAAAACCAGCUACAGCACACAGUCGGGCGACAAGACAGCAGAGCUGGCAGAACUCAUAGGACGCACAGCAUUGGAUGCAGUCACCCAAACGCCAGGCGAGGUGAUUGUAGCAACCAAGCCGAAGAUUCUCUUCUGCGACCUCAAGCUGCAGCCAGGCGAGACGAAGAUGUACUUCUUCAAUGAGUUUGUGCCGCGGGAUGGGCCGCCCACAUAUCGCGGCCAUGACAUUCGCUACUUCUAUAAGAUCACGAUUGCCACACAGCGUGUCAAGUCCAAGGUGCAAACGCUGACUGUGCCCAUACGAGUGCUGCCCAUUCCAUUGAUAGCUCGACCGGAUGAGCUGCCCGUCACAGUGGAGACCAACGAGGAGCUAACGCCUACGAAUCCAUUUCUGGAGAAGCGCGAGAUAAGCGAACUGGAAAUAUCGUGGCAUCAUUUAAAAAAUGUGACGGCUCGACGUGCUCCGAAGUUCUAUCGGAUCUCGAACAAGCGUGGAUUCGUUGGUCGCUUCUGUCUGUUCAAGCCCGCCUAUAAGCUGGGCGAGGAUAUUGUGGGCAGCCUGGAUUUUGACAAUUGUCAGGUGCGUUGUGUCCAGUUCUCGGUGAAGCUGCAGCAACAGGAACUGCCGCUGCGGCCGCAGCCGCAGCAGGCGCAACCAACUUCUGGCGACGAUGUUGCUUCGCAGAGCUCCUUUGACAUGGCAAGCAUUGCCAGUGGCAUAACCGUGGAUAAUCUGCACAAGUCGGAGACAUCGGGCAGUGCACGCAACAAGGAUGAGCCCAAGCCCAUGGGCAAGCUGAGCACCAUAUCCACAUCCCAUCAGGUCUGCUAUUCAACGCUGCAGACGCAGGUGGUUGUACCCAUUCCACUGCACGUUACGCCCACAUUUCGUACCGAUCUGGUGGACGUGAAGUGGCGUCUCCAUUUCGAGUUUGUAACCAGCACCAUGAUGGACUUUGGCGUACCGAAUCCUCAGUCUGGAGAGCUAAAAGCGCCAGCUGAACUGCCUGUUGAGACAAUGGUAUGGAAUUUACCUGUGACUAUAUAUGCAGCAAAUCCACUGCAGAUUUAUGCGCCAAAUCAAACGUAUAAUCUCUUGAUAAAAUAAUAAUAAUAUUAAUAAUACAAAACUUUGUUGCAAUAAAUAGUUUGUACAUUUAACAAAA